AUGGGAGAUUCAAUCAUCGGCCGCUGUGCAUUCUUAGGUGCACUUUGCUGUGCUAUCGCUGGUGUCCAUUUCGUUUCCAAGAAGCGCAGCCACCCACUUCCACCUGGUCCUCCCGCCGGUUCAAUGUUGUUAGGUCACUACGGACAAAUGCCCUGGGGUAGCCCAGUAACGGUCUUCCGCGAAUGGGCUAAGAAAUAUGGUGAUGUUGUAUAUGUGCGUUGCUUCGGCCAGCCGUAUAUCGUUCUGGAUAGUGCUGAAGCGGCUACUGAGCUCUUGGAGAAGCAAAGCGCAAUAUUCAGUAGCAGGCCAAAUACGAUGGUCUAUAAGCUGAUGGGUUGGGAUCCCGACGUCGUCUUUCUCCCGUACGGACCACAGUUUCGGAAACAAAGGAAAAUAUUCCAGACGAGCUUUUCCCCCCAAGCCUGCGUCGAGUUUCAGCCCAUGCAACUACAGAAUGCACAUAUCUUAGCACAUGGAUUAAUGGAAAACCAAGGAGAUCCGGUGCAACUGUUGAACAGAUUUACCAUAGCGGCAGCAAUAGGGAUCGCGUAUGGUCACCAGAUAAUGUCGGCGGAUGAUGAGUAUAUCAAGAUAAUCCAAGAUAGCGCUACUGCGUUGAGCCAUGGCGGGAUGCCGGCAGGGACCCUCGUCGACUACUUCCCAGUUCUACAAUACUUUCCUUCGUGGUUUCCUGGGACACAUUACGUCAAUGUGGCUCGAGAGUGGAAAUGGGCGGUUCGGAAGAUGAUAGAAUGGCCGUACGAAGUGGUUCUGAAGAACAUCGCCGCAGGAAGCGCUCGGCCAUGCUUCGUUGUCAAUCAGCUUGAGGCAGCAUGCAAAGAUGUGCUGACAUCAGAUGAGCAUGAGGAUAUACGUACAGCCGCUGCUGUUAUUUAUUCGGCCGGUUCCGACACUAUUUCCUUCACGCUGCAGAAAUUCUUCCUUGCUAUGUUACUCUAUCCCGAAGUACAGAAAAAAGGACAAGACGAAGUCGACCAAGUAGUUGGGGCGGACAGGCUCCCCUCCUUUGAAGAUCGCGACUCGCUGCCGUUCGUGAACUGCAUAAUACAAGAGCUGCUGAGAUGGCACCCGGUGGCCCCUCUAGCGGUCCCUCACUGUUCUACGGAAGAAUACGUGUACAAAGGAAUGCGGAUCCCAAAAGGAUCCUACGUGUUCCCGAAUACUGAGUCAAUGUCGCUGGAUGACACCGUGUAUAAAAAUCCUUCCGAAUUUGAUCCUUCGCGCUUUUUGCCUCCGUCCGAAGGCGGGAGGGGAGAACCUCAGUUCGAGCCCGCCUUUGGCUUUGGUAGAAGGGUGUGCCCGGGAAAGCACCUUGCGCUGGCAAACCUCUGGGCCGUCGUAAGUACAGUCCUCGCCACAUUGCAGAUAGAGAAGGCCAGGGACGAGACUGGCCGUGAAAUCACUCAAAGCGGCGAGUUCAAUAUUGGCUUCACGAGGUAUGUGGCAACUGGCAAGCGGAGGAGUUAUUGA